AAGAGCCCUCACUCACAUAGGCCAUACUCCAUAGCUCCCCCCUCCCCCUCACGCUUCGUUGAUCAUUCACAUUUCACAGCAGCUAAGCAUAAUCUCCUUGACUCCUUUCGUCACCUGCUCCACUCACCAAGUCCGAAUGGAAGCUGCGUCUCUCCUUCACGCCGCCUUGUACGACUCCGAUGACCUGCUCCAAGUCAGCCACCAAAGCCUGAUUAGUCCGACGAUUUUCCCUACUACUACCACUUCCACCACUCAAAUCAUCAUCGUCUAUUAAACCGCCACCUUUCUUUCUGUCCCUCUCAAUCUCUAUCUCAAAAUCUUAGCAGAUCUAUACAGUAUUGUGGUAGCAGCGUAUCGGGAAUCCGAUCUCUGAAUCUGUCUCACCAAAUGUCUUCGUUAAUGGGCUACGGAGCGUCCUUAAGAUAUGCAACCCUCCAGCUUCCGCGCCCCGCUGGCGCCAAUAACCAUAAGAGGAGAGUUGGACGAUGGAGGUCUCCAGAAGCAGCUGUCAUCCCAAACUUCCACCUCCCUAUGCGCAGUCUUGAGGUCAAAAAUAGGACAUCAGCAGAGGAGAUAAAGUCGCUGAGAUUAAUAACUGCCAUUAAAACCCCAUAUCUUCCUGAUGGCAGAUUUGACCUUGAAGCCUAUGAUAGAUUGAUGAACAUUCAGAUCAUGAAUGGUGCUGAAGGUGUGAUUGUGGGUGGCACAACAGGUGAAGGUCACCUCAUGAGCUGGGAUGAACACAUCAUGCUUAUUGGACACACAAUUAACUGUUUUGGUGAAUCGGUCAAGGUGAUUGGGAACACUGGAAGUAACUCAACAAGAGAAGCAAUUCAUGCUACUGAACAGGGUUUUGCUGUUGGGAUGCAUGCAGCCCUUCACAUCAAUCCUUACUAUGGCAAGACGUCCCUGGAGGGUUUGGUUUCUCAUUUUGAGGCUGUUCUUUCCAUGGGGCCUACCAUUAUUUACAAUGUGCCAUCCAGGACUGGCCAAGAUAUUCCUCCGGCUGUGAUCCACACCAUUGCACAGAGUGCUAACAUGGCGGGUGUUAAGGAAUGCAUGGGAAACGGUAGGAUAAAAGAGUACACAGAUAAAGGGGUUGUGGUAUGGAGUGGCAACGACGAUCAGUGUCAUGAUGCGCGGUGGGGUUAUGGUGCCACCGGGGUGAUAUCUGUUACUAGCAACUUGGCUCCAGGGUUGAUGCGUGAGCUUAUGCUUGGAGGGAAGAACACUUCAUUGAAUGCGAAGCUCUUGCCACUUAUUGAGUGGUUAUUUUGCGAGCCAAACCCCAUCGCCUUGAAUACAGCUCUAGCACAACUUGGGGUGGUAAGGCCAAUUUUCCGGCUGCCUUAUGUCCCACUCCCCCUGGCCAGGAGGGUGGAAUUUGUGAAUAUAGUGAAGGAACUCGGACGAGAAAAUAUCGUGGGAGAUGGUGAUGUGCAGGUUCUCGAUGAUGAUGACUUUAUAUUGGUAGGUCGAUAUUGACCGGUUGCCGAAGUUGGUUGCCUGAGUUUCCUUGUGGUGGUAAUGUUAACUCUCGGGGUUAGCUUUCUUUGUGAUGUACAAAAGUUAGAUUAGAGGUAAAACCAGGUUUACAUGGUUGGUAUGAUCAUCGCCAUAAGAUGUUACCCAAUGGACUGAGGACUGUUUUACAGUUUUGCCUUUUGCGUAUCUAGUAGUUUGCUUGAACCAUAUCUAUCUUCCACGCUUGAGCUUGAAGCUAAUUCUGCGAUUUGUA